UGAGGAAACGGAGGAACUUGCUCCAAGUUGUGCAGACGGGGCAGCCUCGGGGUGCGCAGCCAGGGCGCGGGGGCCCUCCUGGGGGCGGGUGCGGAGCGCGGCCCGGAGACGCCCCCUGAACAGGUGAGCCCUCGUGUUCUCCACGCCGGGCACCCCUGCCCAUCCAGCCAGGAUGCCCACAAGGCGCUGGGCCCCAGGCACCCAAUGCAUCACCAAGUGUGAGCACACGCGCCCAAAGCCUGGAGAGCUGGCCUUCCGCAAGGGCGACGUGGUCACCAUCCUGGAGGCUUGUGAGAGCAAGAGCUGGUAUCGAGCCAAGCACCACACCAGUGGGCAGGAGGGGCUGUUGGCGGCUGGCGCGCUUCGGGAACGCGAAGCCCUCUCAGCUGACUCCAAACUCAGCCUCAUGCCGUGGUUCCAUGGGAAGAUCUCGGGCCACGAAGCGGUGCAGCUGCUGCAGCCGCCGGAGGAUGGGCUGUUCCUGGUGCGCGAGUCAGUGCGGCAUCCUGGCGACUACGUGCUGUGCGUGAGCUUCCUGCAAGAAGUGUUCCACUACCGCGUACUGCACCGCGACGGCCACCUGACCAUAGAUGAGGCCAUCUGCUUUUGCAACCUCAUGGAUAUGGUGGAGCAUUACAGCAAGGACAAGGGGGCCAUCUGCACGAAACUCGGGAAACCCAAGAGGAAGCAGGGGACCAAAUCGGCAGAGGAGGAGCUGGCCAAGGCUGGCUGGUUACUGAACCUGCAGUAUUUGACCUUGGGAGCACAGAUCGGAGAGGGGGAGUUUGGAGCGGUCCUGCAGGGCGAGUACCUGGGCCAGAAGGUGGCCGUGAAGAACAUCAAGUGCGAUGUGACGGCCCAGGCCUUCCUGGAUGAGACAGCAGUCAUGACGAAGAUGCAGCAUAAGAACCUGGUGCGUCUGCUGGGUGUGAUUCUGCACCAGGGGCUCUACAUCGUCAUGGAGCAUGUGAGCAAGGGCAACCUGGUGAACUUUCUACGGACUCGGGGCCGGGCCCUUGUGAACACCCCACAGCUUCUGCAGUUUUCCCUGCACGUGGCCGAGGGCAUGGAGUACCUGGAGAGCAAGAAGCUGGUGCAUCGAGACCUUGCUGCCCGUAACAUCCUCAUUUCUGAGGACCUGGUGGCCAAGGUCAGCGACUUUGGCCUGGCAAAAGCUGAGCGGAAGGGGCUAGACUCCAGCCGGCUGCCAGUCAAGUGGACGGCGCCCGAGGCGCUCAAACAUGGGAAAUUCUCCAGCAAGUCCGAUGUCUGGAGUUUCGGGGUGCUGCUCUGGGAGGUCUUCUCGUAUGGCCGUGCUCCAUACCCCAAGAUGUCGCUGAAGGAGGUGACAGAGGCUGUGGAGAAGGGGUAUCGCAUGGAACCCCCAGAGGACUGCCCGGGCGCUGUCCACACGCUCAUGAACAGCUGCUGGGAGGCGGAGCCCACCCGCCGGCCACCUUUUCGAAAACUGGCUGAGAAGCUGGCCCGGGAGCUGCGCAGCGUGGGUGCCACUGGCCAUGUUGAAAGGCAGGAUGCUGAUGGCCCCACCUUGCCCUGUGGCCAAGAGUCUUGACACUGCCUGGUGGGCCACGGGCCCCAGAAGAUCAAGAGAGUAGGGGGCUCAGGGUGGGGACACAGGCAGGCCUAAGGAGGGUCAGGGCCAGCAAGCUGCCCACCUGGCUCACAGCACAAAGCAGGCCCUCCUGGGGGGCUUAGGGCAGUCCCUGGCCACCACAGACCUGGGGAGAAGGAUUAGUACAUCGAUAAAGACUGGUCCCAAGAACUGUGGGCAUCUGAGUCUCUCUCUGCGACCCCCAACACCCUCUCAGCCAGGGGGUGCACACUGUCCUCCAUCAUCCAGUUCUGGACAGUCCACCUGCCAGUCGUCUGCCCAGCCGCAACCCAGUGGCAGCCACUGUGGGGAUGCAGACCCAUGGAAUGGAGCGGAGACUCCAGGCCAGGGGCCACAGCCAUCUGUGCACCCACUGCCAUCACCCACAGGUCCCCACUUUGGUCCACUGUGGGUGCCACAUUCAAUCCUCAAAGUUUCAACCUCUGGGUGGGUGCCCAACCCUUGGGGUCCCAGACACAAAGGACUAUGGGAGACUUGUCCCUCAGAGCAGGUGCACUGGAGCCCAGGGAGGCUCUGCCGCUGCAGCUGUGUCCCUGUGGGGGAUGUUCCAGUGUGGCCACCACAUUCUCCAGCUGUCACAGCCCAACAGCCUGACCCAGUGACUCCAGAGGAGACUCAAGAAAAGCCAGCUGAGCUCUGACCAAGUGAUUCACUUGGUUGGAGCAUCAUCUUCUGCACCAAAAGCUUAUGGGUUCGAUCCCUGGUCAGUACAUAAGGGAGGCAGCCAAUGGGUGUUUCUCACAGCGGUGUUUCCCUCUGCCUUUCUCUUUCAAAAAAAAGGUCAACGCACAUAUCUUCGAGUGAGGAUUAAAAAAAUAAAAGCCCCCUGAACAGCC